UCUUUGCAUUUUUAUCGAGGGGGGGGGUCUUGGGAGCGACCACCCCCGGGGCGCCCCCCAGUCCCGGCCGUGCGGGCGGAGCGCGCGGCAAGAGCGCCUCCCCGUGGCCGGUGGGGGCGGAGCGUCCGGCGGGCCGGGCAUGGGCUCCUGAGCGGUGGCCCCCGAGGAGGGCGAGCGCGGGGGUCGGCAUGGAGGCCAUCUGGCUGUACCAGUUCCGGCUGAUCGUCAUCGGGGACUCCACGGUGGGCAAGUCCUGCCUGAUCCGGCGCUUCACCGAGGGGCGCUUCGCCCAGGUCUCCGACCCCACCGUGGGCGUGGAUUUCUUCUCGCGGCUGGUGGAGAUCGAGCCCGGCAAGAGGAUCAAGCUGCAGAUCUGGGACACCGCCGGACAGGAGCGGUUCAGAUCAAUCACCAGAGCCUACUACCGGAACUCAGUCGGCGGCCUGCUGCUCUUUGACAUUACAAACCGCAGGUCCUUCCAGAAUGUCCACGAGUGGCUCGAAGAGACCAAAGUCCACGUCCAGCCGUACCAGAUUGUCUUCGUGCUGGUGGGUCACAAGUGCGACCUCGACACGCAACGGCAGGUCACUCGGCACGAGGCGGAGAAACUGGCCGUCGCCUACGGCAUGAAAUACAUCGAGACCUCGGCCCGGGACGCCAUCAACGUGGAGAAGGCCUUCACUGACCUCACGCGAGACAUAUACGAGCUGGUUAAAAGGGGGGAAAUCACCAUCCAGGAAGGAUGGGAAGGCGUGAAGAGUGGGUUUGUCCCGAACGUAGUGCAUUCUUCGGAAGAGGUGGUGAAAUCCGACAGGCGGUGCCUCUGCUAGGGAGGAGGAGCGAUGCCAGACUUUACUAACCGAACCUCCCCUGCUAGAUGAACUCAGUUGUGACGGAACGGAAUGCAGAGGAAAGCGUGGUGAGAAGCGGGUCACGGUGUUUUGGUCCUCGGAAGAUGAGAACCAAGGAGGGAACAGGGAAUGGAAACCCCCCCUCCCCCCAUUAUGUAGGAAUGAACCCAGAUGCAUGCUUAUAUGGUAGGAGGCGCGCAGUGCUAAGACAGACAAGGUCAGAUAGGGAUGGUAGAUGCCGGGGAACUUGGAAGACACCCUCAUUUUAAUACCUGUCAUCCAGUGCUUUGUGUUGAGGCCGCAGUGUGUAAAAAACCCCUCUAUACAGUAAUAAUAAAACAGAUAUGGAGAACGAGGGGGAAAUCUGGGUUUGUGCCAAUACUAAAUUUUGAGAAAGAUUAAACUGUAACACGAUUGCCAUUCUUUUUCAGUACCUCAAGGGUUAAUGCAAAAGGACACAGUAUUUGCAGAGGUCCCAUGGCAGUCCGUGACUGUACUUGGUGACAACAUAGGCUGUUUCCACUGAAGGGCGGGGGGAGCGUUUGCUCCCCCUUGUCUUCUGUCCUGCAGUGCUGUUUUCAGGAUCGUAGGACAUCAUUCUCUACCCAUCGUGCUUCUGUGUGCCCACACACACGUUGCGGUGAUCUUACCCAAAUCUCGGCUGAUGUUUUUGAAAAAGAUCACAGUCAAAAGUAUCCCUGGGUGCUUUGCCAACGAACAUGCGGAUAUUUUGUGGGUCUUGCCCUCAUUGGAGCCAUCUUCCCUUCCACAUCCCUUCAACGGUUUCUCCCUAUGCCCCUAAAGAGCUUUUCAGGCUUUAGAAAAAUAGUAGCAGCUAAAUCGCUGUUACACUGCAACAUGACAAUGAGGUAUUUCAACACUGUGCUAGUUUCCAGUUUUCAUUUUUAAAAGUCCCGGGCCCUUUUCACUGUUGAGUUAUAAGGGGGAAAGCACAGCCUGAACAUUUUCCCUUAUAACUUUGCAACAAAAAAGGGCUACCGAUUUACUUUUUUUAAGCUGGGAAAACCGGGAACCAGUAAGCUGUUGCGAUAGAUUGUUAUAACGCUAUAGCAAUGUAGUAACUACCAUUUUAAAAGUCUGAAAAGCCCUCUAGUGGUAGCAGCUGGGCAAGGCGGCCUCCGGGGCUGCAGCAAGGAAAGUCCAAGGAAAACUUAUCUGGGGAUGCUUCCUUGCUGUUGCAAAUGCACCUGUCGCUGCACAGCAACAAGAGGUACAGAUAGAUUCACCUCCAUUUAGCGGCAGCCAAUUGGCUGUUUGGUUUUAAAUGGAGAGGGAGAAGUAUUAGAUCACCAAAACGUCUAGGAGCAUUCAAACACAGUCUAAUAAAAGAAACACAACAGAUAUUUACCUCAUUGGGCCAGUUCAGUGUCCCUAAUUUUAAUAAUUUGGACUGACCAUUUCUGUUAAUUCUUUAGUUUUGAA